AUGAGAGUUUGGUCAAGUGAAAACUCACCCAAUGAGGACGCCGACAUCAAUCAAUCUGGUCUGGACUUGGAGGAGGCCAUCAAUGAGGUCAAUGCCGAGCUGGAUCGUGAGAACAGUAUAAGUGAUGUGGAAAAACUCACCGAGUUGGAUGCAGAACAGACAAAGGUGCUCAAUGACGCCAUCAACCAUCAAUGUAAAAAAUUGUGGGAGUGGUUUCGAAACAAUACCAAAGGAAAGACUACACCUGGCGGGACGUCGACCAGCAAAAUGCUAUCCGCGUUGCUUGGCCAGCUGUACUUGCAACUUCACUACGAGUCAAAAGUCAAGCCCUUAGUUUCUUAUGAUAUCAAGGAGAAUAAACUGGUACUACCUGAUCAAAAGCUUCGUGCUGUCCAGCAACACACAAGUGAAUGUUUCGCAAAGGAGUCAGAAGAUGUGAAGGACGAUGUUUGUGAUGAGACGGUACAUAUCAAUGCUGCCAGAAAGUUGGGAUCAGUUGCAGUGGGGCAAGAUCGGACAAAGGAGGAAAUUUACCACGCAAUUCAAGAGUUGCCCAUCGUGCUGGGUCAAAUAUUUGAAGAACUUUCGACUUUAAUGGGAGGAUGGCACUACUCACUUGUUAUGGGUGGACCCAACCCUUUGUGCGAAGGCGAUAUCAUGACAUUGAGUUAUCACCAUGGUAAAACCCUGGAGGGUUUGAGCUUUAAGGUGUCAAUGCCUAACUUCCACAAACAAUUUUUAACACCGUUUGAAAGACACCUGGGUCGCAUAUAUAGUUCUUCUGCAAAGGGAACUUCGGUUCCUACAUCCACAUCCGGUUCACCUCCUCCAUCGACUACCGAUCUCGCUUCACCAUCUGCACCUAGUUCGCCUCCUUUGUUGACCAUGGACCUCAUUCCAACAUCCACACUCACUUCGUCUCUUCCUCCAUUGACUACUGACCUCGCUUCACCAUCUGCACCCAGUUUGCCUCCUUUGCCUCCUCAAUUGGCCAUGGACCUCAUUUCAACAUCCAUACCAACUUCAUCUCCUCCAUCGACCAUGGACCUCAUUUCACUAGAUGAACUGCCAGACCAGUCAAGUGUCCCCCUGCUACCUAGGCAGGAGUUUAAUACACCUCUAAUGGAUCUAGACUCACCGAUCACUUCUUGGAGAAGGGACUAUGUGGAUGACGGAAAUACGACUUUGUCUGUCGCAUUCCCAAGUGCCACUGUCACGCAGCCUCAAGUGUGUUCCCCGUCACUCACAUUGUUGCCACUGGAGAGCACUCUGUUACCCCAGCCCUUACUCCCAGACUCGCCAGUUUUAUCUUCAAUCAACAUUGAUGUGUUGCCUGUCCGUGAGGCCACAUUGGUGCAUAGUUCAGAGCCCUUGAUAUCCUCAGAACUCACUGUCACAACACAAGCUAGACGCUCGGGAUGCCCAGGACGUCCUUCGACUUGA